ACAAGAUGCUUUAUUUUGUGGUUAAGUGUUUCUUUCUGGUGAUUCUGCCCAGGAUCAGUCAGCAGGGAAAUGACUUUACCACACCCAGUGCCGCCUGGUUGGAAUAUCAGCGGGAAAGGUUUGGCAUCAACAAUCCUCUGAUGAUCAGCUCUACCAAGGCACCCACCGUAGGCGUAGUUGUGGUGACCCCAAAAGUGGAGACCACGUCCAGGAAACAUUCUUCCAAUCCGCCCGAAAAUGCAGGUCAGGAAUCGGAGGAAGAUGAGGAGACCACAGAGCAGCCAGCGGAAGAAGAGGAACUGGAACUGGCUCCCAGUAUUCAAGGGUUUUUCAACUUCCUAAAAACAAUGAAGAACACCUGGAUAAAGAAAUCAGGACUGACAUUCGGAAAAAAGAUAAAGCUCUUACAAAAUCUACGAGAUAAUCUUAUGCGAUUAAUAGAGCAACAGUUUGCGGUUCUUUGGCAACCACCGGAGCGAAAAAGGCGACGUCGACGUGGUCUACUGGAUGAUUCAAAUAUAGAUUUCCCGCCUGAGGCGGCAAUCAUGAGCAUCAACUUCUUGACAUUCGCCGUUUUUCUCAUAAAACUGGUUAUGCAAGUGGUGAAGAUUGUCAAAAGCAAGCAUUACACACUUUCCGGUUUUACCUUCGUCCCAGAAGCUGUCAGACGUCCAUAAAAUAUUUC